GUUUCUAAUUGACUUUACUCUAUUAAUUUAUUUUUAGAUUGUAAAGAAAAGCAGAAAUGUUCAAGGCUUUCGUAUUUGUAGCCUGCCUUUUGGUAGCAGUUAGUGCAUCAGAUCUCAUCCGGGUUAAGAUCCAAAAGUUCCCGUCUGCCCUGAAGCAACUUUCUGAUGUCGGAAGCGAUGUUGAAUUCCGCCGUGCUAAGUACCUGCGCAGAACUAAUGCUCUCGUCCAGGAACCAUUGACCAACUACAUGGACGCUCAAUACUUCGGAGACAUCACUAUUGGAACUCCCCCACAGAAAUUCAGGGUUAUCUUCGAUACAGGUUCUUCCAACUUGUGGAUUCCAUCGAAAAAGUGCAAGUUCACAAACAUUGCCUGUCAAUUGCACAACAAGUACAACUCAAAGAAAUCCUCGACCUACGUCAAGAACGGUACUGACUUCGCCAUCCAAUACGGAACUGGCUCUCUUACUGGUUUCAUGUCCACCGACACUGUCAGCAUUGGUGGCCUUGAAAUUGCAUCUCAGACCUUUGCCGAAGCAGUAAGUCAACCUGGAAUUGUUUUCGUCGCUGCUAAGUUCGACGGUAUUCUCGGUUUGGGAUUCGAUACCAUCUCCGUUAACGGUGUUGUGCCCCCAUUUUACAACCUUGUCAAACAAGGUUUGGUAAAGACACCAAUCUUCUCAUUCUUCAUCAACAGAAACUCAUCCUCAACCUAUGGAGGUGAAAUCACCUUCGGAGGAUCUGACCCCAAGCACUACAAGGGUGGCUUCACCUACUUGCCUGUCAACCGUAAGGGCUACUGGCAAUUCAAUAUGGACAGUGGAUCAGUUGGAAAUGUCGCCUUCUGCAAGAAGGGUUGCCAAGCUAUUGCCGAUACUGGUACCAGUCUAAUUGCCGGUCCAAAGAAGGAAGUUGAUGCCAUCAACAAGGCUAUCGGUGGAAAGGCUCUUUUCACUGGCCAAUACAUCGUUGACUGUGCCAAAAUCCCAAGCCUACCUGUUGUCAGCUUCAACAUGGGUGGCAAGACCUUCACCCUUGAGGGUAAGGACUACGUUCUCAAUAUGGGACAAGAUAUGUGCCUGUCUGGAUUCAUGGGAAUGGAUAUGCCACCAACAACUGGACCAUUGUGGAUUCUUGGAGACGUGUUCCUUGGCAAGUACUACACUGAAUUCGAUUUGGGUAACAGCCGUGUUGGUUUUGCUGAAUCUGUCUAAGCCAAAAAACAAAACAAAAGAAGAUGAGUCUUGAGUGGGUAUUUGUUAAGUUGAAAAGUACAAAGUGAUGUAUUUGAAUCAGCAAUGCAAAGGAUACCGUGUUAUGUUGGUUUCCGCUAAUUUUUCAAAAUAAAGAUUUGAAUUUUAUAUGCAAUAUGAAAUCUCCAAGAAAA